UUGUCAAACAGUGCCACUUACCAACAUUUCCCACAAAAUUCCUAAUUACUCCACAACACAACGAAGUUCACAGCAACUAGACAUUUUCCCUUUGCGUUUUCUUCUCAAAUUGUUCCCAAUUCCCAUUUUCACUUUGAUUCAUCACACACCCACCCGCCAAUGCGUUCCUCUUGAUGUGUUUGCUCAUGUUCCUUCUGCAGUUGCCAACCCCCAAAUCAUAGGGUCUCUGUUUUGCUUCAGACCCUUUCAAUUUAUUUUCCUUCAGGUUUUGGGUUGAGGGUUUGUUGAAUGGGGAUUCAGACAAUGGGUUCUCAAGGUAAUGGGCAACAGUCUCAUUUACAGCCUUCUUCGUUGUCUAGGCAAAACUCUUGGUAUAGUCUCACUCUUGAUGAGGUUAGGAGUCAAUUAGGAGACAUGGGGAAGUCAUUGGGGAGCAUGAACCUAGAUGAGCUUCUUCAAAAUGUAUGGACUGCUGAAGCUAAUAAUUCUGUUAUAGGCUUAGACAAUGAAAACAUAUUGCGGUCAUCGUCUUCUCUUCAACGUCAGGCGAGCCUGACAUUGGCUCGUGCUUUGAGUGGGAAGACAGUUGAUGAUGUAUGGAGAGAAAUUCAACAAGGUCAGAAGAAAAGGUAUGGAGAAGAUGUGAAAAGUCAGGAUAGAGAAAUGACUCUCGGUGAAACCACUUUAGAGGAUUUCUUGGUGCAAGCAGGGCUUUUUGCUGAAGCUUUUAUAAGUCCGGCCAGGGGGUUGGAUACAAUGGAUUCCUCCACUUCUCAGAGUUUUCAACAUAAAGCAGGCUUGUCAUCCUCCCCUUCAAUUGGGAGUUUAUCAGACACAAGACCAGGCCGGAAAAGGUACGGUCCAGAUGUGUAUGAGAAAACUCUGGAAAGGAGGCUGACGAGGAAAAUCAAGAAUAGGGAAUCCGCUGCCCGCUCACGGGCACGAAAACAGGCUUACCAUAAUGAACUGGUUAGCAAGGUUUCCCGUCUAGAAGAAGCAAAUGUAAAGCUCAAGAAAGAGAAGGAAUUUGAGCAGAGGUUACCGUCUGAACCAUUGCCUGAACCAAAAUAUCAGCUUCGAAGAAUAAAUUCUGCCUCUUUCUGACAUGUGACCUUCCAUGAUGUUUUCUUAUUUACAACUUUCUUGGCUUUAAUGGGGACAUGUCCAGGAUUGCGUUACUGCAUUGCUCAUCGCUGCUGCUUGCUUCCGUCGGGGAGUUAUCUCUAUCUCUAUAAUUAACUAACUAAAGGGUACAUAUUGCACCAAAGGUCUGAUGUUCAUAAGUUUUAGCUUUGCUGGGAAACAGAAUCAGUAAUGGUUUGAGUCUAAUGGAAGGUUUGCCUUUUUGUAUAAUGAUUAUCCGAGCAUGCUGGGGUGAUUACCAAGCAUAAAACAGAAUCAAAACAAUUAACAAAAUUUUAAAAUUAAUAGAGAUUAGGGGGAGAGGAGUGCAGAUGAGAUUUAUUUUGGUUCAAUCACCAAUCAGCGGUGAUCUAUAUCCUGUCAUUAGGCAAAUUACCCCAGAUUUUCUUUCACUAUGUUUUAAGCUCUAAAUGGUGCAUGGGAAUCGCUACAAUACAACCGCUAAAAGUUAUGGUCUUUGGAAAACUGUG